AUGAGUAGCCCAGCAGCAGCUCCUGAGCACAUCGCCUUCUCGAACGACUCCAGCUUGGAGGAGAAAAUAGGUCCAUCAUCGCAAGAAGAUGAAUUAUCAGGCAGCCUCAACAAGCAAGAAGUCAAACGAUCAUCUUCAAAGGAAGGGGCCACGAAAGACCAGCCUUCCAUGGGCUUCGAUAUUUAUAACCAGACCAAGUCACCAUCACCAGAUGAUCCUUCAUUGACAGCUUGUCUGCAUCUCGGAAUUCAAAGUGUUAUUUUUGAUAAUGAUAAUUCCAACAGUAUUCAGUCAAUAAUGACGUCUCCCUCCAGUUUUGGAGUCCAGCCCCUCCGGCUCCCUAAUCCAGAACGUCUGCCUGGAGCUAUUCAUGUCCGUGGUUUGAAUUCGUAUACGUCCAAUAAUAGAGGAACACGACCACGGGGGGAGAAUCCUCCAAUCAAUGACAGGGCUGCCAAUAUUGUGAACACGGAUACUAGCACCAACAACAAUGACCUGGCAGUGGCCAACUUGGUGGUAGAAGAGGAUCUACACCCAGCCAUUCUAGAAGACCUUGAUGCGGCUGCUAGAAAGAGACAAGAAAGUAACAAGAACAUCAAAAAGUAUGGUUGUCUGGGAGCAAUAUUCCUCAUAAUCAUUCUCAUAAUUGUUGUUGUUGUGGUUUCAGUCAGAGGAAACAAACCAACGGAUUCCACACUCAUGAUGCCAUCACUGGCACCCACAACUUAUCAUACCCAAGCUCCAACAGCUCUUGAAGGAUCUCUGCUGACUUUGCUUCCAGAUGAGACUGUUCAUGCUAUAGCAGACGAUGCAGAUUCGCCCCAAUCCAAGGCUUGGCAAUGGCUCCUCCAAGACUAUGAGUUGCUUCCUUACUACACGAGUGCUCGAGUUGUCCAAAGAUUCGCCCUUGCCACUUUGUAUUAUGCUACAGAAGGUUCAAAUUGGGCAGUUCAAACCAACUGGCUCGAUCACAGUGUUCAUGAGUGUGGAUGGUUCAACAGACCCGAUUAUGCAAUGAUGAAUUCACUUUCAGAAGUGUAUCCUGGAUACCUCCAAGGUUUUUUCCCAUCUACAGAGCCACCAAAGCCUUGCGAUAACAAUGGCCUCUAUCAGCAUCUUUGGCUUGACCGAAACAAUUUAUCAGGCUACUUGCCAACAGAGAUCUACCUACUUUCAACUCUCAAGACACUUUCCCUUGGAUACAAUCAGAUUUGGGGAACCAUCUCUAGUCACAUUGGACAGCUCAGAUCUUUGGAAGGACUCCAUAUGACGAUGCUACAAGAGGCUGGAAACAUACCUUCCGAAGUUGGUUUCCUGACCACAUUGAGACACGUUGCACUGGAGGAAAACAACCACCAAGGGCAUAUUCCAACCGAGCUAUGGCUACUUACAAACUUGGAACAACUAUUUAUGAGCGACAACCCUGGUUUGCAAGGUAGCAUUCCAGCGGAAAUUGGAAACUUUUCCAAUCUGGGUACGCUUGUCUUAUGGGAUGGUUCUCUCACUGGGACCAUCCCAACAGAGAUUGGGAAAGCAAGUUCUCUUGAAUGGAUAGUCUUGUAUGAAAACAGCAUGUCAGGAAGUCUUCCCAGUGAGUUGAUGCAGCUUCCAAAGCUACAGAUGCUAUCGCUGUUUGAAAACUCUUUCCAAAGCACAAUCCCUACUGAGUUGGGUCAAAUAUCUGGCCUGGCAAUGUUAACAAUGAGGGAUAACCAGCUCACUGGUCCGGUGCCAAGUGAGCUGGGACUCCUUACAGGACUCGCCUUCACUCUCAACCUAAGGAAUAACGAACUCUCAGGCACCAUUCCUUCAGAGCUUGGGCUCUUCUCAGGGCUGGCAGAGCUAGAACUCAGAGACAAUCGCUUCACCGGCCAAGUUCCCAGUGAAUUUGGCCAGCUUGAGUCUGUGGGACACUUGACUUUGGCAGGCAAUGAUCUCUCUGGGACCUUGCCGGAAGAGCUUGGAACUCUACAACAGUCACUUCAUACUUUGAGAAUGGAGGACAACCCACAGUUGUCUGGUACGAUCCCCGUUGGUAUUUGCAAUCUCAACAAUACUUGUGUCUCCAAUGCGAUCGACGUAUGCGAGGGUCCCUUUGGGUUGUCUUUUAACUGUUCUGGGAUGCUUUGUGGCUGUGGCUGUAUUUGUGAUGGGAGAUAG